AUGCAGCACGUCACAAACCCGCUUCUCAGGCACAUAAUUCAUGGGGGCUGCUUUGAUGCUACUUCAAAGAGGCAGUGCCUGCAGUAUUUAAGAGCUCUGAGGACACUGCAGCUUAACGGUUUCAACACUGGUUUUUUAGGGGAAACAGAUAUUCCAGAAAGUCUUAUAACAGGAGAAACAGUAACCGAGGAGGCCAGCCUGCGCUGGCCAGUAUGGACACUUGUUCACGCUAGCAGCAGCCAAGGGUGGGUGGUGCCCUGGAGGUACAAGCUGCUCUUGAGGGGUGAUCUGCCCAUCCGCCAGCAGAACAGUAUCUUUCAGGAGCUGUGUGAUUCUUUGACCACCUCCUAUGGGAAGUGCAUAAUUGUGACAAGGGACAAAAGGCAGCCGAUGCGUGUCGGGGCAAAAGACAGCAAGGAGCUGGAGAUGGGAACUCUGCCGCCAAUCCCACCAGUGACCUACAUGUCCAGCGCUGAGUGUCGCCCUGAAGUUGCUAGAGCCAAUGGCCAUAAGCUUCUUCUUGUGCCUUCGUCUUACAACUACCUCUACCCUAUGGAUGUUGCCUGGUCGUCUUUGAAAUGGUUUAUCAUAAACAACAAAAGAUUUUGCCCGAGGUCUAUUGAGAGGACCUGUUCCUACAGGUGUAUCCUCUUCAAUGACUUGAUUGUUAAAGGAAUAGAGAAGAUGACCCCAAACAAAUGGAAGGUAGUGAUUAACAGAGUGAAGAGAUGGGAGAACUACUACCUUGACACACUUUCUUGA